CAUCGCACGUGUCCCCGCCGGCGCCCGAUCCUCUCGCGUCCAGGCCUCGCGCUCCACCGCCCAAUCGCCGCGUCCGCGGGUCACAGGGACACUGGGACCGGGAGCCGCGCCGCCCGCCCGCCGCCAUGCGGUUCCGCUUCGGGGUGGUGGUGCCGCCCGCGGUGGCCGGGCCCGGGCCGGAGCUGCUGGUCGUGGGCUCUCGGCCGGAGCUGGGGCACUGGGAGCCGUGCGGGGCCGUGCGCCUGAGGCCGGCGGGUACGGCGGCGGGCCCGGGGGCGCUGGCGCUGCAGGAGCCGGGCCUGUGGCUCGGGGAGGUGGAGCUGGAGGCGGCGCAGGACGGGGCGGAGCCGGGCCGCGUGGACACGUUCUGGUACAAGUUCCUGAAGCGCGAGCAGGGAGGAGCGCUCUCCUGGGAAGGCAAUGGGCCCCACCAUGACCGGUGCUAUACUUAUAAUGAAAGCAACUUGGUGGAUGGUGUUUAUUGCCUUCCAAUAGGACACUGGAUUGAGGCCACUGGGCACACCAAUGAGAUGAAGCACACAACAGACUUCUAUUUUAAUAUUGCAGGCCACCAAGCCAUGCAUUAUUCAAGAAUUCUACCCAAUAUCUGGCUGGGCAGCUGCCCUCGCCAAGUGGAACACGUAACCAUCAAACUGAAGCAUGAACUGGGGAUUACAGCUGUAAUGAAUUUCCAGACGGAAUGGGAUAUUGUACAGAAUUCCUCAGGCUGUAACCGCUACCCAGAACCCAUGACUCCAGACACUAUGAUUAGGCUUUAUAAGGAAGAAGGCUUGGUCUACAUCUGGAUGCCAACGCCAGAUAUGAGCACUGAAGGCCGCGUUCAGAUGCUGCCCCAGGCCGUGUGCCUCCUGCACGCGCUGCUGGAGAACGGACACACGGUGUACGUGCACUGCAACGCCGGCGUGGGCCGCUCCACCGCCGCAGUGUGCGGCUGGCUCCAGUACGUGCGCGGCUGGAAUCGCAGGAAGGUGCAGUACUUCCUUCUGGCCAAGAGGCCGGCUGUGUACAUCGAUGAAGACGCCUUGGCCCGGGCAGAGGAAGACUUUUAUCAGAAAUUUGGGAAGCUUCGUCCUUCCAUAUGCAGCGUGUAGGUGAUGGAACUGGCGCUCCCCCCACCCCACCUCCGGCCCCGUUCCCUUAGGAAGCCUGGGGUGGUGUUAGUAAAUGGCCUAGAAACCAAGAUUCUUCCUCCACUGGAAAGACUGACCUGCAUCUCCCCUGACCCGCCUUCUUUAGUCGGGAGGUAGCUUUCUGAUGUACUUUGGUUGAGCUGUAUCUUCUCUGAAAUAUAUUACAAAGGAAGCUGUGAUUGACACACGAGAAAAAUCCACACGCGGCUGGGCUGUGUAGUGUGGUUCCAGCAUCUGACAAAACAUCCACAUGCAGUUCUUUGUUGCACGGUCGCUGCUUUCUUGUGCUGUGAAGUCACGAUUCCCCUUGCUUGUUGCAUUGUGACCGCGUGUGGAAGAAAAGAGCGCGAGCCACAGUGUUGAUGCCAUCACUGUGUGUGUGCAUGUACACACACACGCACAUACACAUACACGCGCAGCUUUUCUGCUGUACUGAAAUGGAAUUAUAAAACGAGGAGCCUGAACUACGACAAAAUAAGAGCCCCAUAUGACCAAAAGCAAUGACUUUCUAGACUUUUUUUUUUUUUUGGAUCCUGCUUCCUAGUUGUUAUAGUGUGUUCCAAGGCCUUAACUUCCUUCUCUACCCACAACCUCAGUAGAAUUUUUGUCUCUAUUUGUUUUAACUGAGGCUCUGUGAGCAAAGAGCUUGCCCAAGGUCUCAGGGGUGUUCAGGGAGGAGCUGGAGUUUAUAACUAGGAUUCAGUGCUUUUUCCACACAACUUAUGAUUGGCCAGCAUACUGUGAUGAGUUCAGCAUUUCUCAGAGUAAGGUGAAUUUUUCUGCAGCAGUUCCUAUAGUGAGAAAUAAAACAGUGUUCUGAUCAGUUGCCAUAGAAUUCAGGGAGGUAUUUAUCCGAAUUUAAACCAUGGAGAGCUGUUCAAGGCCGGAGUGGCCUUGCAGAGUUCACAAGGGGAGCUGUUUUCCCAAAAGAUCUCAAAGUGCCAAAGUCUGCAGAAAAUGGUCCCACAGUUUAGGAGUGAUCCUGAUUUAGCUCUCAGUUUAAUACAAUACACAGUUACUGUGCCUCCAGACUAUGCAUUUGCUAUCCUGGUUCUAUAGAUAAUGCAAAGAUUAAUAAGAUCUUGCAUUCAAAAAGGCUCAUAGCCUAGAAACAGCCCCGUGUUCGAGUAGACUGCAGAGUUGAACUAGUAAUGAUAUGCCAGUGUGAGGAAGGGGAGGUAACUUAUUGGGUGCAUCUUAUGUGCUAGGUGCUUUACCAUCUGAUUCAUUCAGUCUUCAUGGUACCCUCUGAGGGAGUUUUUAUCAUCUCCAUUAUAUAAAUGGGGAAACUCAUUUAUAAGGCUCAGAGAGAUUAAAUCAAUUGUUCUCUAUCACACGGCGAAUAAAUAGAUGAAAUAAGAUACAAAGCUUGUUUUGUCUGAUUCAAAACCCUUACUUUUUCUAUUAAACUACAAUGCUUAUUUAUUUUUCUGUUCCUUUUCUUCCAUAAAUAUUUAUUGAUAGAUAUGAGAGACUCCGAUUUAGGAAGUAUGGGGAUAAGGAUGAAAGGCAAGUUCCACUGGAGUUCAGAGGAGGAAGAGGCAUCUUAUAACUGUGGAACUCAGGGGAGAUGGCAUUUAAUUGGGGCAAAGAAGGCUAGAGAGGACACAUGUAUUCUAGAAUUUGACAAAGUUAAAUGUAUAAGCCAGGAUUAAAUAUUGUUAAGUAUAGCUCUCUUGCUAAAAAAAGUAGCAAUAUUCUACUGUACGGCAUGGUGACCCAGUUGCACAUACA